AUGCGCUGCUUGUAUGGCUUCGACCUCGUCCCCGCGUUGUUCACUACUCCUCAACUUGUCCUUCAAAGCCCUGACUUCUUUAAUAAGUGUGGAAAUAGCAGAUUCCUCAGUGGAGGGUUGCGGCUGAGCAUCAGAGACGAGUUCCUGCCCCCCGCGCAGCUCUUCAUCACCCUCCCUUCCCUUUCUUGCUGCUCACGUCUCGGUCUCUUCCUCGUGGAUUGUCCACUACCGCCCGCCUCUGCACCCUUACGCGCAGCGCCCGUGCUCUUCCCAGUUUCUUUCUCUUUCUGUUUCUCUUUCUCUCGCGGAGCCUUCCGCGCCUCUACCAGACUCUUCACAUUCGUUUCUCUCUUCUCCGCCUCAGCUCCCAACGAGACAUCAAUUCCAUCCCAUUGGGAUCAGCCGGCGCGCGUCUCUUGUGCAUAG